GAUGUGGUGUCUUCAGUUGAUCUUCCUAUCUGCUUUCUUCUUGGUUUCCAUGACAUCAGAAUCACAUGAUGCAAUGGAAGGUGAUGCUUUAGUUAUAAAAUGUCCCCCACUGACAUAUGUGAGAGUCACCUGGUAUCACACAGAGACUAACAAAAUAAUUCCUGCAGAAGAAAAGGGAUCACGAAUAUUUUCCUUGGAAAGAUUCCUUUGGUUUCUUCCAACUUCUAGAGAAGAUUCUGGAAACUACACUUGUAUUACACAUUAUUCAAAUAAUGUCACAAAGAAGUUCCACAUAAGUGUGCAGGUACAUCCAGAGAAGCAAGCAAUAUGUUUCCCAAGUGACAUACGUUAUCCAAAUGAAACUGGAAAAGGAAGAAUUGUUUGUCCUACGUUUGGCAAUUAUAAGAAUGCUACUAUUGUCCAGUGGUAUAAGGAUUGCAAACCUCUACAAGGAGAGAGAUACUUUGAAAAAGAUCAAUAUCUUUUUAUUAAUAGUCCAACAAAAGAGGAUGAUGGAUAUUAUACUUGUCAAUUUGCCUAUACGCACAAUGGGAAUGUUUUUAAUAUAUCAGCAACAAGAAUUUUCAUAAGUAAUGUAAAAUACUCAUCACUUUCACCUCAAAUUUUAUUUCCAAAAGAAAAUGAUGUAGUAGAAGUGGAUAUUGGUGCCACUUUGUCUCUGAAAUGUCAGGCCCGCCUUGGGAUUAAGAAACCACCUAUAGAUAUUGUCACAUGGGAUGUGAAUGAUAUUCCAGUAGAAAAACUAGGUUUUUCAAGAUUUCGUGAAGAAACUUUUCGUUUUGAAGGGCAUAAUAAGGAAUAUUAUAGAGAGACCACUUUAUUUAUUAGUGAAAUAAAAAAGGAAGAUCUUCAGGCAAAUUUCAGAUGUGUGGCAGUGAAUCAAAUGGGACACACAAAAGCCACGGUGACAUUACAACUGAAGGCUCAAUGGAAUUAUCCCAGUGUCCUCAUGAUCAUAGGAUUUCUAGUUCUGUUAAUAAUAAUAUCAGUCUCUGUGGUACUUUAUCAGUCUUUCCGAGUUGAUAUUGUACUAUUGUAUCGGAAGAUAUUUCAACCCUACCCAGUCAAGGAUGAUGGGAAGAUAUAUGAUGCGUAUGUUAUCUACCCCAAAAGCCACACCAGUGAAGCUAACUUUGUGGAAAAUUUUGUUUACCAAAUUCUACCAGAUGUUCUAGAAAAUGAAUGUGGAUAUAAAUUAUGCAUUUAUGGGAGAGAUAUAUGCCCUGGAGAAGAUAUAGCCAGUGCAAUUGAAAAGAGGAUACAGAAGAGCAGACGGCUGAUCAUCAUUCUAACACUCCAGUCGAUUCACUGUGAAGAUCUUGCUUAUGACCAGCAUAUUGCUUUUUACAAUGCCCUCAUUCAAAAUGAUACAAAGGUGAUCCUUCUGGAAAUGGAGGCAAUUGGGAACUAUGAGCAGCUUCAGGAAUCUCUUAGGUAUAUCAUUAAGCAACAAGGUACCAUCAAAUGGAAAGAGAUGCCAACAGGACACCCACAGUCAUCCAAUUCAAAGUUCUGGAAACAUGUGAGGUACCGUAUGCCCCUGGCACACAAGACUUCAUGCUCAGCUAAUGCUAAGUGAAUAGUGAGU